GAUUUGCAUCAGUCCCGCUGCCGCCGGUAUGAAAAAUUUAUGCAGGCCAGAUUUCCGUGUGUCAGGGAGAGGGGGCCAGGGAGUGCGAAAUGACACGUUUCUCCCCUGCCGACAGGUGCCAAGAACGGUGAACUGUUUACCGCCGACAGGUCCUUUCCUUGUGGAUGUGGAUUUCUCCAUAGAGGUUCUCAGGACUGGGAGGCGCAGAAACUCGGGACGGUCCGUGCCUGUCCCUGGUGCUGAUACGGCAGCUGUUGUUGUGACGACGGAGGGCAGGCUUGGAAAGUGUGUGCUGAGGCAGAGACAGUGGCGGCGGUAGCGCCCGGAAAGGAUGCGCAGCGGGAAAGAUGGUUAGUGGUGUGAGCGCAGAGCUGGGGCUGCUGAUCUUUACUGUUGCUCACUGUUGCCUGGGAGGUCACAUCCCCUCAAAAACAGACCACUCUUCGGGGCCUUCCGAGCAGCGGGGAUACAGAAUAAAGAGAGAAAACCAGACGGAUUCCACCGUGCCCCUCCGACUGCGGACUUCUAACGACACUGAACCCGCGGAUCACUUAUCGACCAGAUUGAAAGACCAAUACAGAAAUGAUCGCUUGCUACACACGUCUCGUACAAGCUUUCUCGUGCCGGCCUUUGGAAGACAGUUCGUCUUGGACUUGGAGCUAAACCAUGGGCUACUGUCCUCCAGAUACGUGGAGAGAUACUACACCAACCAGUCAAGCAAGCCAGUAGUAGUGAAGGGCACUGAGCAUUGCUACUAUCAUGGCCGCAUCAGAGGUCGACCCGGCUCAACAGUGGCACUAUCAACAUGCAACGGCCUUCUUGGCAUGUUUGAUGACGGAGACAGUCUGUACUUCAUACGGCCUUCCGAUGAGCAAGAUGUUGUCCCAGAUAAGAAUGGUCAGUUGCACAUCGUGUACAGGACCAAUGUCAAAACUAUGCAGCAGGAUGAUGUCCUGGUUCGAGAUGAACCACAGAAGGAUACGAAGUCAAGUAGACUGGAUAGACUUAGAGAACUUCUAUUUAGAAGAAAACCAAAGGCAAGAUUGAAGAGGGACGUACUUCCAGAAACAAAGUACAUUGAGCUAAUCUUAGUAAAUGAUAACAGAAUGUUCCAGAUGUAUAAAAAUAACACACAGCGGACAAGUAGCGUCGCAAAGACCGUAGCAAAUCUAGUAGAUGCGAUGUACAGUAAGCAGCUGAACACAAGAAUAGCACUAGUAGCGAUAGAGACGUGGGAUAGUGAAGACCAGAUAGCAGUGAACAGCGAUGCCCAGGAAACUCUCAGGCAGUUUCUGAAGUACAGAUAUCGGAACCUGUUAAACUGGCAGCCGCAUGAUGCAGCGCAUUUACUCAGCGGAAUGGCAUUUGCAGACGGGGUAACAGGUCAGGCCCCCAUCAACGGCAUCUGCACAAAACGGAACAGCGGAGGUGUCAACGAAAACCAGAAUCCCAGGAACGCCAUGGUGUUGGCUGUGACGUUAGCACACCAGCUGGGACACAAUCUGGGGAUGCACGACGAUAACGGAAGAGAUUGCUUUAAAGCCUGUCCAGAUUGGUACGGGUGCAUCAUGGAGAAUGAAAGAGGAAUUCAGCAGCCAAGUAGAUUUUCGGAAUGUAGUGUAAGGGACUAUCAAGAGCUACUCAUGAACGGACUCGGUGCCUGUAUCUUCAACAGACCUGAAAAGCUCCACGAGCCUCCCUAUUGUGGAAACGGAUUUAUAGAAGCAGGUGAACAGUGCGACUGUGGGCCUCCUACGCCGACGGAUAUGAAGUUCUACAAGCGGUGUGUAAAAUGCUGCGAUAGCUGUAUGCUGGCGGAGGAAGCAAAAUGCGCACACGGAGAAUGUUGUGACUUGUCGACAUGCAAUUUCAAGGAAAAGCACACAUCGUGUAGAGCGCCGGUCAACGCCUGCGACUUGGAAGAAAAGUGCACCGGCGAGAGUGGAGAAUGUCCAGACAACCUUUACAAGCAAGAUGGACAACUCUGCGAAGUCGAUGGCCACUGCUACUAUGGCGAGUGCAGGACAAGAACAAACCAGUGCAAAUAUGUCUGGGGUGAAGAUGUGCACACAGCAGAUGACAUCUGUUAUCAGAGGCUCAACAUCAACGGAAACCGGGACGGCAACUGCGGGAAGAGCGAAGAUGGCGGUUGGGACAAAUGUGAACCAAAAGACAUUUUUUGCGGCUACCUUCUGUGCGAUGGUAACGUGACAGUUCCCAGGGUCGGCGUUCUGGACGGCUCUCUCACGUCCAAGAGUUACCCAAGGACUGGCAAGACUAUGCACUGCAAGGGUGGCCACGUGUUGCUGGAUGACAGUAACAACAUCGGAUAUGUCCAGGACGGGACGACCUGCGGCACCAACAAGAUGUGCCACAGUGGGCGGUGUGUGGAGGUGUCUAACUUCAACAUCACGCCCUGUCCUGUAGGCGGCAAUGGGAUGCCCUGUUCUGGACAUGGAAAUUGCACCAACCAAGACAGCUGUUUAUGUGACACAAGAGAGUGGAGGGGCAGCGAUUGCGGUAACCCUGUUCCCGUGAGGAACCCAGAGGAUGACCUUGAAAUAAACCAAGGUACAACUAACGCAAUCAUAGGUUCCAUGGCGGGUACAUUGCUAGCCAUUGCUAUUGUAUUCGGUGGACUGGGGUGGGGAUUUCAGUAAGCACUUUCAAUGCAUUCGUGCCGUGUCUAGUUGAAGUUUGGCUCAGGACUGCAUAUCCUUCUGUCGUUUCUUCCAUGCCCUUACCUAUUGCCACUGCUCGUCCUUAUUCCCUAAAUACCCAGCACAGGUCUUUGCUGUUUCAUCUACGUAAAGUCACAACGUCAAUUUUCAGUUUUCCUAGGCCAAUUUUUUCAUUACCUUUUAAGCCGUCGAAGGGUAUGCAUUCUUGAUCAUAUUUUAGGACAUUGUGCCAUUUGUUCAUUCAUGACAAAGCCCCACCUCCUAUCCCGUAAUGCACCUGGUUGCGUGGGAUAUUAGGCAUGCGCAAAGCAUGAAUACCCGGAUGUUGCAUGACGUUCGUUGGCAGUAAAACAUAACGACGGUCGCCAUAUUGUCUACCUCUGCUUUUGACCAUCACCCUAAGGGUUUCUUUCAUUCGCUGCACCCUGUAGUUCCCCAAAAGUCGUCCCAACUCUGACGUGCGCUGCAUGUGACCUUCUGUUCCACCCCUCACGCUGUCUCCAUUCUGCUGCAUGACGAUUUUCAUCAUGGCAAAUCAUUCUUUUCUGCAUGUCCAGUGGCUGCCUUCCAAACGUCCGUUCACCCGUCCGCUUCUGUAGUAGGUAGAAACAUACAGGCAGCCGCUCCAACUCCUCGCCAGUUCCAGCAUCAUCAUACUGAACUCUAGGCAUGAUUGUUGCAAGUGACCCACCCUCAAAAAUUCAACCAAGAUUAGAUAUCACCAGACUGUACCACCAAACACUUAAAUAAGUCUCCCCAAACCCAACUUCAUCCCCUGAGUUUACA